AUGAUUGGGUUAGUUGGUUUGGCGGAAUAUCAGCAAAAGGGAGUAGAAUGGAUGCUUGGGCGAUUGAGGCGGCGGGAGGGCGUUCUUUUGGGUGAUGAGAUGGGGUUGGGGAAGACUUUGCAAGUAUUAGUGGUUUUGUCGCGACUUUGGUCGGAGGGAUGGAAAUCAGUGCUUGUUUUGGGACCGACGACUGUACUGGGGAAUUGGGAAAGUGAUGUGCGUAAGUUUCAAAUUGAGUUGCCUUUGGUAGUGCUUGCGGCGGAUCAUGAAGAUUUAGUGGGUCAGUUACGUGGGGCGGAUGGGAAGUACGUGGUGGUGAUGGGGUAUGAACUGGCUGUGCGUUUGGGGAAGACUUUAUUACGGUCUUACUUUGAUGUAGUGGUGAUGGAUGAGGCGCAGCGAGUUAAGAACCGAGAGACAAAGAUAGCUCAACUUUGCCGGCGGUUAGAUGCCCGGGCUAAGAUAGCUAUGACGGGAACGCCAAUUCAGAAUAACUUGAAUGAGUUAUGGAGUUUAGUGGAUAUAGUCCGGCCGGGAUAUUUAGGGGAUAGUCAGCGGUUUAAGUUGGAAGUAGCCGAUCCAUUGAAGAAGAGUAAGCUAAAACGAGCUACAGCCGAGGAGAAGAGUCGGGGUGCAGCAAUUAGUGAGCAUUUGCAAGACCGACUAACAGAGAUCAUUCUACGGCGGACGAAAGAGGAACAACAAGUGGUUCAAGUAAAACUAGAAGAGAUAGUAGUGAACUGUCCUUUAUCUAAGUUGCAACAGCGUCGGUAUGCAGCUGCCCUAGCUGAUGACCAAGUACGUUCAACUAUUCUUGGGCGUACUAAUCCGCUUAAGACUAUUGCGGCCUUGCGCCAAAUAUGCAGUCAUCCUCGACUGGGCCGUUUAGGCCUAAAUCAUUCUCACUCUUCCCCCGCCCGAUCUAAAUCUAAAUCUAACACACUACCAACCCAAACCAAUCCCAACCCAAUAUCAACCCAAUCUAAAUCUAAACUCCAUCGCUUGCUGCCUGCUAAAACGGCCUUAGAAAGUGGCAAGAUGCAAGUCUUACACCAACUUCUCUUCCAAUGGCGCAAGAAGAACAAGAAAGUCUUAGUAUUCAGUCAGUACCGCGAAGUACUUGAUUUAUUAGAAGGUCUUAUUACUGGCCAUUGCACGCGCAUAGAUGGCACUACUCCCCGGGCUAAACGAGCGGCCCUUAUUGAAGCUUUUGGACACCAGGCCGAAACUGAAGUCUUACUGCUGACUACGAAAGUAGGAGGAGUUGGAAUUAAUAUUCAGAAGGCCGAUACAAUAGUUCUUUUUGAUAUGGACUGGAAUCCUUUUAAUGAUGAACAAGCUAAAGGAAGAGCCCAUCGAAUUGGCCAGACUCAGGACGUGAUUGUCUUUAAGUUUAUUUGUAAAGGGACUAUUGAAGAGUCCAUCUAUACCAGUCAAGAGAUAAAAUUGGCUAUUUCCAAAGGUGUCCUUGAAGGAACUCCCAGUAAGAAGGCCUUCGAUAAAAUCGACCUCUGCCGGUUGUUUCACUACUCCUACGACCCAUUAGACCUCACUGAUAUCUCUGAAUAUUAA